UCACGGCCGUCUGCUCGGGCUCUCGAAAUCCCUUCAUGUAUCAUCCUAAGCUCGACAUCCAGGCGGGCGCGCCAUGGCCCAAAGACGUGGAUUGCCGGCGAGAGGCUCGGACUCUUCCCAUCACGAGAACCCCAUCUACGGCUUAUCAUCACAGCGCCUGAAAGGAGAUCCAACAAGCUGUCCCACGAUUUGCAAGGAGGUUCUGCCUACCAAUGAAGGCAGCAGCGAAUUCCGAUGACCACUCGGGCACUCAGAAGUGCCGAUUGCAAAAGCAAGCCCUCGCGCCUCUGAAUGGAGAUUGCGCAAAUUAAUCUGCAAUUCGCCACGAGGUUCCUUUAAACAACAAUCUUCAAACGACUGUGAGCGGAACUAGGCCACGCUUUGGAAAAUCCUACAUUCGCAACAAGCACCCGCUCGGGUGACGACGCUCCACGUGUCAGGAAGCAAGGACACUUGCCUCCAAGCGGUUCUGCUCUUAAAAGCCCAAGCCCAAGCGCACGAUCGUCAAUCGGCAUGCCAGAGUAUGCAAGACACGAGUGGAAAGAGGAGCAAACCGAAGGAUGACAACUCUGGAGAACAGCAAGCGGGAGGAAACACUGAACAGGAGGAUAAGACACAAACGACAAAUAGGCGAAGCCAUCAGUGGAAGGAAGAGCUGCGGGCAAGGCCGAGUGCCGAAGGCGAGGCAUCGCCAGGCAGACUCGGAAACAGAAGAGAAGGGAGGCAGGACCGAGGCAGGGGAGAUGGGGAUCCAAGGGAGGGAGAGGGGAGGGAAGAGUAAGAGAGGAGCGCAGCGGAUGGCAGCGAACGUGCAGGAACCAGAGCAGUGCAGGACUGAAAGCUUGCAGGGUUGCCGAAAUUGGUGCCGCGGUUCGCAAUUUCCAGGAAAAACUGCGACCAAGACGCGACACGGAAGAUAGAGCAAGCAUCUGUACCUCGUCCUCCUCUUUUCC